AAAAGAAGUUUGACCUAGUCCCCCACUUCCAUCGGAUAUCGCAAGGGCCAAGGAGAAGCUCGAUUUGCUGCCAUCGCUUCUAUUCCGAGCUUUGUCGGCGGUGGAGCUGACAGGGGGAGGUGAUGGUGUUCUUCUGGCUCACCGCCUUCUUCCUCCUCAUCAUCCUUAUCGUUCUCGUCAUUUACCAGCUCAUGUGCUUGGCUGACCUAGAAUUUGAUUAUAUCAAUCCUUAUGAUUCAGCCUCACGAAUAAAUAAAGUGAUAUAUCCAGAGUUUGGUUUGCAAGCGGCCUUGUGCCUGCUCUUUCUCUUGUCGGGAAAUUGGUGGAUGAUUUUGCUUUCUGCUCCAUACCUUUAUUACAACGUGAGAUUGUACCAGCGGCGGCGACAUCUGAUAGACGUAACAGAGAUCUUUAACCAGCUCAACCAAGAAAAGAAAAUACGCCUCUUCAAGCUAGUCAACCUUGUUAUCCUUCUCUUCUUGUCAUUAUUCUGGAUGAUUUAUAGCAUAAUUGAAGAUGACGAAUAGUUGCUGACACUCUGAGCUUCCACUUCUUGUUACAUCGUCUGGUAUUCAGUGUUAGUUACCUUGAUUGUGGUUGCCACCAGUGUACUGUAUGCUGACAUAAGUUGUGUAAGUGUACAUGGUGUUCUGUCCCUCAUUUCAGUAAUGUGAUUUGUUGGAGAUAUUGUGAUCAUUGUCAACCAAAAUAGAGGCCAGCUCUCAGUUGGUUUCUUAUCUUCUUCGGAAAAAAUUAUGCACAUGUAAACUUAUCAAUGUGAUGAUCUUGUGAGGGUGGUGCCACAAUACUUUGUAAACUAAAGAGUAUUUAUUCUGGUAAUCUACCCUGUGAUUGGAAAUAAAA